AUGGGCAGCGGCAGCAGCCGGCGGCGGGGGCCCGCGGGCAGAGCGGGGCAGAGCCGGGACCCGCCGGGGACAGCGCCGGCCGACGGCGAGGGGGCGGCGGCACCGCCCGGCCCCGGCCGCCGAGCCCCGGCUGCCGGAGGCAGCGCCGAGACCCGGGCCGGCGGCAGCGGCGCGGAGGCGGCGGGAGGCGGCGGCGGGGCCCCGCUCCAGCAGGCGGCUUUGUCAACCAGAAGCCCACCAAGCCCAGAGAACAACAACCUUGACCAGCAGUGCCCAGAAGGCAGCAAGAAGCCAUUGGGGCAGCCCACGAUUCUGUAUGAUUACUCGGAGGAGGAGCUGAUGGCCAGCAUCGAGAGGGAGUACUGCCGCUGAGCCCCCCACGGAACGGCAGGCACAGCCUGGGGCCAGGCUGAGCAGAGCUCCUGUGACACCACAGCUGCACGGGAGAGGGGGCUCUGGAGGGGACUGGAGCAUCAGGGGCUGCUUGGGAAGCACUGAGGAGAACGUUCCCCUGAUCAGCUCCCAGGGAGAGCAGGAAGAUCCUUACCAGCUGCUGAUUGGUGCCACUGCAAGAGGGACCAAUCCAUCUUAAGAAUCGAUAUUUAGAAGCUCAUUUCUAAAUGCUAUUUUUAAAUGAACAUGUACUAGAAUUAAUGUCAUACUAGAGGUGUUGAAAUGUGGUGCUUUGAAGGAAUCUUUGAACCUAGUAAAAAUUUGCAGCAAUAUCA